AUGGUUGACAAUAAUAUUGAAACAAUUGCUAAGAUUUUGGAACAAUCUUUACUUCCUCAAUAUGCUAAACAAUCAGAGCAAGAAUUGAAGAGUAUUGAAAAUGUUCCAGAAUUCUCUAUCAAUUUAAUGAAGAUUAUUUCAUCGAACUUACCUGAUUCUAUUAGGUUGGCAGGAGUUUUAUUCUUGAAGAAUUUGAUUAAAAGGAAAUGGGUUAAUGAAAAUGGGGAAUAUCUUUUACCUAUGGAAGAUGUUGGAUACAUAAAACUUGAAAUCUUGAAUAUUAUGAUAUCUUUACCAAAUUUCUUACAAGUACAAGUUGGUGAAUGUAUUUCAAUCAUUGCUGAAUCAGAUUUCCCCCAUAAUUGGACCAAUUUAAUCGAUGAUUUGAUUGGGAAAUUCAGUGAAAGUGAUUUUAACACCAAUAAAUCUAUUUUACUCGUAAGUCAUUCCAUAUUUAAGAAAUGGAGACCUUUAUUUAGAAGUGAUGAAUUAUUCUUAGAGAUUAAAAUGGUUUUAGAUAAAUUUGCCCAACCUUUCAUGAUGUUAUUAACUAAAAUAGACGAAUUGAUUGAUAAUUGUCAAGAUAUCAAACAGUUAAAUGUUUACUUGGAAAACUUGUUAUUAUUGAUUCAAAUUUAUUAUGAUUUAAAUUGUCAAGAUAUACCUGAAUUCUUUGAAGAUAAUAUGAUGGCAGGAAUGAAGAUCAUGCAUAAAUAUCUUAAUUAUGAGAACCCUUCAAUCACUGAUGCUUCUAAUGAUGAAGAAGUCGAUACUUUGAUCAAAAUAAAGACAUCUAUUAUAGAAUUAAUCAACUUAUAUUUAACUAGAUAUACUGAAAUCUUUGAACCAUUGAUUGAAAAUUUCAUCACCACUAUUUGGGAAUUAAUCACCAGUUUCAUCACUAAACAAAUCAAAUUUGAUUUAUUGAUUGUUAAAUGUUUACAAUUCUUAACUUCCAUCAUUAAAAUCUCCAAUUAUUCCAAGUUUUUCAAUAAUGAAAACAGUUUGAAAGAGAUCUUGAAUAAAAUCAUUUUACCUAACAUUAUUGUUAGAGAUAGUGAUUUAGAAAUGUUUGAAGAUGAACCUAUUAAUUAUGUGAGAUUUGAUUUAGAAGGAAGUGAAUAUGAUUCAAGAAGAAAAUCAGCUACUGAUUUCUUAAGAGAAUUAAAAGAAGUUAAUAAUGAAUUAUUAACCAAGACAGUAAUGGAAUAUGUUGAUAAAUUUUUGAGUGAAUCAGAUAAUUGGCAAAAUAAAGAUUUGGCGAUUUAUUUAUUUAGUUCAUUAGCAUCCAAAGGAUCUAUAACUAAUAUUGGGGUUACUUCUACCAAUAUGUUGGUGGAUGUGGUGAAAUUUUUCAGUGAAAAUAUUGCUAAUGAUUUAAUGGUUGAAUCUACCCAUCCUAUCUUAAUCAUGGAUUCGAUUAAAUAUAUUUUGAAUUUCCGUAAUCAAUUAACUAAAGAUCAAUUAUUAUCGGUGUUUAAGAUCCUUGUUAACCAUUUAACUAAUGCAAAUCCUGUCAUUUAUACUUAUUCAUCCAUUACUAUUGAGAAAUUAUUAACUAUGACCAAUUUUAAUGAAAACCAUGAACUUAUUUUCAAUAAAUAUGACUUACAACCUUAUUUAAAUGAUUUAUUGACUAACACAUUCAAAUUAUUACCUAUAGAUUCAAGUUAUCCUCCUGAAAAAUUAUCAGAAAAUGAAUUUUUGAUCAAAUUGGUGAUGAGAAUCUUAGACACUUCAAAAGAUUUGAUUUCAAAAGAUUUCAAAAUGAUCAUUUUAAAUCAAUUAUUAAGCAUUUUGAAAAUCAUCUAUAAAAAUCCAUCAAAUCCUAAAUUCAAUCAUUUCAUUUUCGAAAGUUUAGGAUUAAUAAUCAAAUAUUCACCUAAUGAAAUCAAUGAAUUGAUUGAUUUAAUGGUACCUAACUUAUUGGUGAUUUUGAAUGAAGACGUUCAAGAAUUUGUUCCUUAUAGUUUCCAAAUUCUUGCAUACCUCUUGGAAAAUUCUAAAGGUAAUGAAUUACCCUCACAAUAUAAAUCAUUCAUUAAACCUUUAAUGUCACCAAAUUUAUGGCAAUAUAAAGGUAAUAUCCCUGGUAUUACUAGAUUAUUAAUAGCUAUCAUUGAAUAUGACUAUAAAGUGUUUAGUCAAGAAUUCUUAACUCCAUUAUUGGGAAUUUUCCAAAAAUUAAUUGCAUCAAAAGUCAAUGAAACUUAUGGAUUUGAUCUUUUGGAAUCAAUUUUAUUAAAUUUUGAUUUAUCUAUUUUACAAGAUAGUUUGAAAACUAUCGCUAUUUUAAUACUUACAAGAUUGAAGAAUUCCCGUACUGAUAAAUUCUUGAAAAGAUUCAUUAUAUUUGUAUUCUCAAUAUGUUCAAUCCCUUCUUCAACAACCAUUCAAAAAUCUUUAAAUGGGGAUUUAAUCAUAAAUUUACUCAAUUUACCUCAACCAGGAGUAUUUGAUGGAUUAUUGACUAAUUUGAUCUUACCUAAUUUACUUAACUUUGCUAAUUUGAAAGAUAAGAAGAUUAUUUUAGUAGGAUUACUGGAAUUAUUGACCACUUCCAUUUCUGAUAAUUUGAAAAUUUUGGUUAUUGAACAAAUCGUUAAGAAUAUUAAAAAUUAUCAAUUAGUAACAAAGACUAAUGUUACUACUGAUGUAGUAAAUUUACCAUUAAAUGAAUUGGAUUUAGAUAUGGGAUCUUUCGGAUCGAAUUAUUCUAAAUUGGUAACCAUUCAAAGUGAAGUAUUUGAUCCUUUAUCAAGUAUCCCUAAUAAUGGUUUUGAUCAAAUAAAGAAUAGUGUGGUGAAUAAUAUCAAGAAAGUUAAUGUUGAGGUAUUGAGUCAAUUACCUCAAGAUGUUCAAAAUGCUUUACAAGAGAUGAUUUAG